AUGGACUGGAUGCAGAUAAAAGUGUGUCUCGAUAUCCCACCAUACUGGGAGACGGCCGCCAUUUGUCGUCACCAGCUGACCCGACAUGUUCUUGAGGUUCUUUCACUAUGCCUCGAGAAGAGCGAGCGCAUUUACGGAGGAUCGCAGGACAAGGAGUCCAUUCAGCAACUCGCGAGCCAUGCCGCGGGACUUUUGAGCUAUCCCACCCUUUUGCAAUCUGCAGACAGCCCUGCCCUGGCGGAAAGGGCAUUAAAUGUUUUGGAGAGCCUCGUCAUCAACUUUUCUGCGCUACUCGACCAAAAGGAUCUGAUUCGUGUAGCUGCGUAUACCGACAGCCAGGACGCAUGGACAACCUCGGGCGCUGCAUCAAGUUCUGAGUGCAUUUUAAGAAAUUCCCUGAGCCACGACAUGAGGUGUAAAUUUAUAGUUUCCGCCGUUCUAGAAGACUUCAUUCGCCCCAUUUUCUCCCGAACCACUUCAAACCGCAUCACUUCAACUGGUAGGAAGGCUCACUUCGUCAACGACGACCAGAAUCAGGCCACCCGCGAUUGUUACACAGGAACUGUUGAUUCGACGCCGUGGAAGAAUACCCAAGUCCACGCCGUCACGAUAUUUGCAUGGGCUGUGGAACAUGCCGAUGUUGGUUGA